AUAUUUUUUAAUAUCAUAGUUUUUGCAUGAAAAUUUCUGCUUAAGAAUAAUAUCGUAGUUUUUGCAUGAAAAUUUCUGCUUAAGAAUUUGUCAACAAAAAAUAAAUGCUGUCAUGAUUGGAUCGUUUCUUACAUUGUUAUCUGGCAGGUAUAGAGAACCUAAAUAACUUAUCAGUACAUGCUGAUAUAUGAUCAGUAUGUAGUUCACCAUUACUAGAAUUAAAUCCCAGAUGAUCUGGAAAGAUGUGUCACGGAGGUCUAUUGACAUCGUGUUCGCUAUUUUUUAGCACACAAUAAAAUGUCCAUAAAAAGCCCCAGUGAUUGCAUUCCAAAUUUCUUUUACGAGGCAAACCUUAUUGUUCUCUUGAACUUAUACCCCAAAACCUGGGAGGGUUUUUAAAGCCAAUCAAUUUAUUUUUGAAGUCUAUGCACAAAUGAACCCUUCCUAGAUUUCUGUUUCCAAAACACUCCCGUUGUGUAUUCCAUUCAAUUUUACAAGUGUCAAGUGUAAAUUUUCUGUGCUUGUUUCCUUUGAAGAGGAAAUGUAAGUUUGGUUGUUGAAAAGAACAUUCAACAGGAAAUAUUCUGCAAAGAAAACCAGAUAAACUACAUUGCGGUGGUGACAUAUAGGGAAGCCCAUACUGUUAAUGAAGGAUUUGACACUAGUGACUGUUAUAGCCUGUCCAGGACUAUUGUCCGAGAUUCUGGAUUUUCAUUGCUGUUAGAGUACAAAGCUUGCAACACUUGUCUAAUUGCACACAAAGAAUUCAACGUAAAAUAUGCAUAAACCUGUGGGAUUUUUUGUUCCCUCUGGACUUUGCUAGACCAUCUGACAGUGAUACCUUUUAUGUAAAUGUCCUGCUUGCUAUGACUGGGGAUCAAAGGUAUUAGUGGAUUAGCAGUGUUAUCACCUUCCGGCGAUUUAAAUAGCUUUAUGAUUUUAAAGCUGGCCAUUUAGAUCUAGGGUCAAUCCCCGCAAUAUUUGUUGUGAUUUUUCUGCAUUUGUACUGUGGAUAAUUUGAUUUAAAAACAUCUUGAAUGUUGGGAUGACCUGGCAAAAAUGUUAAACUGAUUGUGCAUGGGUUCAUUUUGAAUGGAGGAAAAUGAUGAUGUGAACAGAUGAUGUGAAUGCAAAGAAUGUGAAAACAGGGUAAAACCUGCUACAAUGGAGGUGGAGGAGGCCAGUUUUGAUAUCUUCUCCACAUCUCGCUCCCGCCUUCUUCCGGUGGAUGCUGAAAAUGCCUCUCUGUUUAACUCCCACAGUGUUGGGAUGCUUCAGUGGGGGAGCCUGGAAGAUUUUGCAGCCUUCAACAGGAAAUGGGAGAGUGUGGAUGAUGUGAGGCAAAUCGGCUCGGACUUUAGUGCCCCCCAUUCACACUUGGGGAGCGUGGAUGGAAUACAAUUUCUUGGCCAUGAUCAUUCAAAGGUGGAGAAUGGGCACUCGGAUACAUACAGCCAGAGUGGAACUCUGCCUAUCUGGCCUGGGGGUGAUGCGGAUGAAGUUGUGUUUGAAGUGGUGGUGGAUAUGAGGCCUGGAGAGAGGAGGUUUGGAUUCUCCGUCAUGGGCGGAUUGGAUGAAGGGUUUCCACCAAGGAUUGAUGACAUUGCACCUGGGUCCCCUGCAGACCGUGCCGACCUUGAGGUGUGGGACGAGAUACUGGAGGUUAACGGACGCUCUCUGGAGAACUGUACUCAUGCUGAAGCCAUCACAUUUAUCCACAAGUGUAUCAGGACACGGUGUAUAAAGUUGAGAGUCAAAAGGAGGAAGAAUCACCAAUCAGGAGGUCCAUCAUUUGAAAACGUUCAAGAUGCCUACAUGAUAGCUGUUGAAGAUGCCGCCAAAGAGAGGCUGGAAAAAUUGUCCCAUACCCACACAAUUGUCCCCCUUGAUAUGACUAAAUUAGCCCUAAGCAAUCAAAACGCUGCAUCAGAAGAAAGCUUGGUUGAGAGUAACCCCACUUAUGAUACCUCCAUGCCUGUGAAUACCAAAGGCAAAGCCAUAGGGAAUGGCCAUGUACAGCAGGGGGAAAUGAAUGGUUUUGGUGAAAAAGAAAUGACGAAGAAAAGUAAAGGUGACAAAGGCCGCAAAGACAGCAAGGCCAAACGGAACAGUACAACGGAAACUCCACUCAUCGAGAAUGCUAGGAGUCAAAAUUCAUUGAAUCAUUCACAGGAAGAGUUGCAAUACUAUCAUGAACAGGACGACAGCUUUAAUUAUCCUUAUAUUGAGAACUCUUUUGAUGUGGAUGAUCCUGGCCCACACAGGGAAAUGGCCAUUGACUGUCCAGACAGUUUUCAAGGAACAGUGAAGUCCACACCCCGACCCCCCUCUUCACAUUCUCCUUACUCCUACCCCUCCACACCCAACAAAUCAAUUGAAAAACUACCUGAUGGUAAAACACAAACAGAAGUGAUUUCUAAUGGACAAAAUGCCCCCGUUUCUCCUGACCAGCUGGAGCGUUUACGGAAACAUCAAGAAGAUUUACGGAAGCGAAGGGAGGAGGAAGCUCGCAUUGCUCGGGAACAGGAAUUUCUACGCGCGUCACUACGAGGAUCCAAAAAACUUCAGGCACUUGAAAGCAGAAACCAGAAUGUGGAGGGUGUUGUUAAUACGGCAUUCGAGGAGAAUGACGAUGAAACUGACAAUUUGGACGAUGGGUUUGGAAGCACAAGGGCUUCAGAGAAAGACCGAUACAUGAAGAAGAACCUAGGAACACAGGACAUCUUCUCAUGUUUAAAACAGUUACGAGGUAAACUGAAUGCUGCCGAGGAGAGAGAUGAGUUGUCUUUCCUGACCAGUCUUUUUCAAAACCCACAGUUUCAACAGGCAGUAAACAUCCACAGAAAAAUGAUCAGUGUCACAACCCAGUCCCCACCCCCUAAACCCGAGGCUACUGAUGCCUUCAAAACCUCCAACGAAGUGAUGGAGGAGUUACAGAAUGCACAAUCCCCAUACUCCUCCGAUCUUCUGGAAAUGCUCUCUACCCCAGGGUUUAGAAACCUGUUUCGAGCGCAUGAUUUAGUGGCAGCCCAACAACUGAAGCCGGUGACCAAUCUCCCAGACGAUGCCUUCGAGCAGUAUCCUAUGCAAACCUAUGGAGAGGACAGUGUCCGCAUAGUCCAGCUUCAGAAAACCAAUGAACCCCUGGGGGCCACUGUGCGCAAUGAUGGGGAUGCUGUUAUUAUUGGGAGAAUUGUCAAAGGCGGUACAGCAGAAAAAAGUGGUCUUUUGCAUGAGGGAGAUGAAAUUCUGGAAGUCAAUGGGAUAGACAUGAGAGGCAAAAACAUCAAUGAUGUCUCAGACUUACUGGCCAACAUGAGUGGAACAAUAACAUUCAUGAUCAUUCCCACUGGUGGCUUCACCCCUAAACCAUCACCCCGCCAACAGGAGGAGCUGAUUCAUGUAAAAGCCCUGUUUAACUACGAUCCAGAGGAGGACAUAUACAUUCCCUGUAGAGAGCUGGGCAUCUCCUUCAUGAAGGGCGACAUUCUCCAUGUGAUCAGCACGGACGAUGCCAACUGGUGGCAGGCGUACAGGGAGGGGGAGAGGGAGCAUCAGUCAUUGGCCGGGCUCAUCCCCAGCCGGAACUUCCAGGAACAGAGAGAACGCAAUAAAAUCAUGUUGGAAAAUGAAGCCAAAGAAAACAAGAAGAAAAGUCAAACAUGUUCAUGUGGCAGGCGAGACAAAAAAAGAAAACGCAAAUCCAUGUAUGAAACGGAAGAAAUCUUAACGUAUGAAGAAGUUGAGAUUUACUAUCCACAGCCAAACAGAAAGAGACCAAUUGUAUUGAUUGGGCCUCGCAAUGUAGGUCGUCACGAAUUGAGGUCAAGGUUAAUGGAGUCGGAUAUUGACCGAUUUGCAGCUGCAGUUCCUCAUACAAGUCGCCCUGCCAGAGGGGAUGAGGUGAAUGGAAAGGAUUAUCAUUUUGUCACAAAAGCAGAAUUCGAAGCAGACAUUGUCAGCAACAAGUUUGUUGAGCAUGGAGAGCUGGAGAAGAACCUGUAUGGGACGAGUCUGGACGCUGUCCAACAAGUGAUUAACACCGGCAAGAUCUGUAUCCUUGUCCUGCACCCAGAGUCUUUGCAAGUUCUCAAGUCGUCAGACUUAAAACCAUACAUAGUAUUUGUGUAUCCUCCAAAUAUGGAAAAGUUGCGUCAAAUGCAGAAAAACUUUUAUCCAGAUACCACCAUCACAGAUGAUAUGUUGAAGGAAAUCAUUGAGAGAGGUCGGGAAAUGGAGGAUAAAUAUGGACAUUUCUUUGAUUAUAUUCUUGUCAACCAAGACAUGGACAGGGCAUAUGAAGAACUGCUGCAGGAAAUCAAUCGCCUGGAGGUGGAGCCCCAGUGGGUUCCGAUUCAGUGGGUGGACAGCUAGUUGCUGGAGCGGAAUUAACUAAUUAACUAGUGAAUAAGUUGUUCAUAUACAUUACAUGGCCAGCUAUUGUGUAUGGGCCACACAACGGAGAAGGAUAAACUGUUGUAGACUUCUAAAAGUGGUUGUGAUAGGAAAUCUUCAGAGAGGACCUUUUUUUAUUUCGAUAUCCACUAGUCUCUGCCAUCUUCUCUUCCCUAUUAAGAGAAUCAUCUUCAUAGAAAAUAGUUGUAUUUCAGAUAAUGAUCAAAGACCAUUUUUUAUUUGAAUCAUUUAAAUUCUUGUGUACAUAAUUUGAAAUUAUUUCCUGUCAUAUGUUUACUUCAUGUUUUCAUUGUAAUCUGCUCUGUAAACAAGUGUUAUUGUGAUAUUCUGGAUAAUCUAUAUGUACAAGAUUAUUGAUCUGCGGAAUUCAGUUUGCAAUAUUCCUGAUGAUGUUACAUUCCAUGAAUAGAGAAAAGGUGGAAUAUUUUACAAUAUUUUUGUACUUUAUAAUAGUAUCAUUCCAAUUACUGCUGACAUUCAAUGAAAUAAGAGUGCUACUGGUAGGGUACACAGCUUUCAACAAAUUACCAAAAUUAUGUACAAAAAAUUUCCCUAAAUAUUGUGAAACAAUUAUAAUGACCUAUAAAUUAGGUAGAUUUCAAUGUGAUUUAGUUUUAAAAUUCUGAGCUUCUUAAUUCUCUAUGUUGAAAAUAUGUACAUAAUUUGCAUGACCACUAUUCUGUGCCAAGUCUGUUUCUGUGUAGUCUUCCAGGGAUCAGCAUUUUUUAGAAUGUUUCAUUAAGCAAUGUGUCAUUGUGAACAAACUAGUACCACCCAUUCAAUGUUAUAUUUUUUACUUCAGCUUGGUGAUCUUGCUAAACCAUGAGUUAUUUCCCUUUUUGCGCAUCAUUCAGGUAGAUCUUCUAUUCUGGAAAUGGAUUAUAUUACAAUUAUUGGAAAUGCAUUACUGCAGGGUCAGUGUACCAUGCACAUAUCCAGACUAAGUCAGUUUUAAUCAAUAUAAUUCAGUCAAAUUGCCAUUCCUCCUUAAAAACUUAGAAAGUUGUGAAAUAUUUUUAAAGUUUUUUUAACAGAAAUACUAUGUAUUUAUUUUUGACAGUGCAUGUAUUUGUAGAAUAUUUCAGAAGUCUUAUCCUCCAUUUGAUAAUUGAUACCAUUUUAAUGGAAAUCAAAGGAAUAUACUGAGUUGUAGAGAACUGUAGAUACACCAAAUGUAUGUGUGUAUUGAAAUGAAAUGUCUAAUUAUUGUGCAGCAUAAACCUUUGAACUUUUGUUCAUCAGUUGUAUACUAUUGAAAGGAGUCUACUUACAUCCAUAUAAAGUGUAUCUAUUGUUAUGCAAAGAAUAAAUUUAUCACAAAAAGUAAAAGAUGUCUCAGAUUAUUUAAAGAUGAUGUAUAAAUACAUGUAAGUUGUAAUUAAUACAUAAAGAAUAAAGAAUAGCCAUUAUGUUAUGCAAAGAACACAUAUAGGUAUGUAUACAAAUGUAUUCAUUUUUCAUGUCAUGAUAAAGGAGCCUGCAACCUUUGAUGUAUAAUAUACAUGCACUAGACAUUCCUUAUGGUUGUGUUUUUAUAUAUUAAUGAACAAAUUCCAUGUUGCUCUAUCAGCAUGUAACUCUUUCAUUCCUUUGUAUGUUAUUCAAUUCUGUUGCAAGGUUUCUCUACCAAAUCAGUUUAUUGGCAUGGAUUUUAACCCAUUGUUGAGAAUGUUACCUCACAUAAUUAGCUUCACAGAAAUGCUAUUCAAUAUUAAUAUGGUGCUAUAUGUAUAGAUUUGUAACAAUGGAAUAAAGAGGGGGACAGCGUACUAAGUUGGUCCUCCAUUCAUGUGUACAUACAUUAUAUAUAUUAUUAUUAUAUUUACUCCAUGUAAAUGUAUCUUCUAAAAAGGAAUAUUUUUACCUGAUAUUAAAGAUGAAUGUGAUA